AUGGCGAGAUCAGCGGCAGCCCAGCGGCAAAAGACAGCCCCUACCCGACACAGCUUGCGGUCACACGUGCGCAUAACCAAAGCACAAUCAACAAUCGGCGCCAAAACAAUUAAAACAGAGCCAACUGAGGAAGAAUUGGGCAAUGUAUUUACUAUUAAGAUAAAGGAGGAACAAGAAGGAGAUGUAUGUGACGAUACUAAGGAGCCUGUCAAGUCAGAACAUGGGCUGGCAGAAGACACAAUCCUCACUUCAUCCGACUCACCCUUCCCAACUUUUGCCCACCCUACACCUAAAGAAUGCGAACUGGUGCAUGCCACUCUAGUUGGUAUCCAUGGAGAACGCACUCGACCUUCGCAGAAAGUUGCUCCAAAAGAUGUGGCCGGGUGCGGUACUUCACAGUCCGUUCUGGAUGCUCUAGUCCGCACCAUCCUCUCACAAAACACCAGCAACAAGAAUUCAACACGCGCGAAGAAGAGCAUGGAUGCAGUCUAUGGAAGUAGCGACAACUGGGAGGCUAUUGUCAAAGGCUGUCAGCCGAAGCUGCAAGAGGCUAUCCGUACUGGCGGCCUCAGCGUCACCAAGAGCAAAGCCAUCAUUAACCUGCUCACGCAAGUCUACGAAAAAUACGGCAAGUAUUCGCUUGACCACCUCUUUGAAGCAACCAAUGACGAGGCUAUGAGCGAAAUGAUGAGCUAUGGCGGUGUGGGACCCAAGACAGCAAGCUGUGUACUAUUAUUUUGUCUCGAGCGUCCAAGCUUUGCCGUGGAUACGCAUGUCUAUCGGUUAACCGGGUUGUUGGGAUGGAGACCGGCAAAAGCAACCAGAGAACAGGCCCAGGAACACCUCGAUGCCACAGUACCAGAUCACCUAAAGUACCCGCUGCAUGUGCUCUUCAUUGCGCAUGGCAGGACCUGCGAACGCUGCAAAGCAACCGGCAGAGGCGGCGGCGGCGCGGCACCGUGUAAACUUAGAAAUAGUAACGCGGUUAUGUAA